GGGCACACAUUGGCAACAUUGACAGGCUGUGAUGUCUUCAUCAAAGUCAUUGACGAGGCCAGUAUCUCACAUUUUUAUGGAACUGAGUUUUUCGUACGCCAGUACUAUGAAGAAGGCCUGAAGGCAGACGUGGACGAUUUGGCUAUAUCUGGGACGACAGGACUUCCACUGGAAUCGGAGCAUCAAGAAGAGGCUUUGGAUUUGAGUUGUAAACAGAAGCAGGAUUCAUUUGUUUUUGAUAAUAUCCUCCAAGGAGACUCACUUGAUUACGAUACCCACACGGCACUCAGACGAAAUGGCAGCAAUUUUAAUCCAAUACACAUCGAGCCUGAACCACCACCAUCGUCUUCUGAGAAACUCUCAUCUCCACUUGAGCAAAAAAUUCCAGCCUCAAUGACUAUUAGUCCGGACAAUCAGAGAAAUGUCAGAACUUUACGUCAAUCCUUCAAUUUUAAUAGCCAUGGUGCCUCUGGGUUGAACAAACCAAACCUCGAGAAUGACUCAAAAUAUAGUACAUCGCCAAUGAAUCUACAAACUUCUAAUGAAGCAUCAGCUCAGUUUAGUACACAGAGAAAUAAUAGUUUUGAUGCAGAGCAAGUCCACGAAACUGUUUCAAAUGGCCCUCUCAACUUAGCAGGUGAUCAGCAAUUACAUAUUGAAAGAAGAGAAACUGAUGAUCAAGCAAAUCCCAGCCACAUACAAGAAAUUAAGAACUAUCUUAUACCACUUGCCAAUCUCGCUGUAACCUUGUUAAGGCAAAAAGCUCAAGGACAAAAUAACCAGCAUUCAGCCGAUCAUAAUGCGGUUCUUGCGCAGGCACAGGCAUUACGGAUGUCUGCCAAUGUUGCUAGUGAUUCAAAUGCUGCCCAAGCAGAGGAAUUAGCCAAGCAGGCGUUCGCUGCUGCGUUGGAUUUGACCGCCAAGUCUCAGGGGCAGAAUGUUUUGCCAGCAAAUGCUACAAGUCGAGUACAGUCAGAACAGUCACCUAGUGCCACUGUUACAUCCCCUAACAAGCGUUCUGCACAUUGCCAUACAAUAAGCGUCAAAGAUUUACUGCUGCAGCAUCCAUCAAAAAGGCUGAAGACGGGUCAGAAUUUGCCAAUUCAUGUACCAAAUAGUGAAAUGGUUUAUCAACAAGCACAACCAUUACCAAACCUUGGACAGAUGAAUACACAUGGACUCAAUACCAUGAUAGGAAAUAAUAUGAUGAUGCAACCAGUUAUCGUUGGCCAGCCACCAGGAAUUCCACGAGACCAAUUCAACCCACAGCAGCACCAGUUCCCACCACCAAGACCCAACCCAUUAUUGCUAAAUUCCCAGAAUCAAGAACAGUCCGAAAUACGAAUUGAAAGGGCUUUCUCACUACAGCAAGCUGCUUUAGCUCAACAGCAGCAUGAACAUCUACAACAACAGAAUCAGACAGUACGCGAGCUUUUAGUUCAGAAUAACCGACAUCCACAGCCUGCUACAAGAGAUGCCUUGCCUUUGCAUAUGGUUAGACCACCUCUUCCUCCUCUCAUUAAAAAAGAGAAUAUUGGAAAGCAUAAAAGCCAAAUUGUCCCUGCCGAAUCAUCGCCCGGCCAGAAUGGUAACCAGGCAGAUCAAAGAAAUGAAACUACAAAAAAGAGAGAUAGCAUUGCCAAUAUUGUUGCUAAUAUCAAGCAUGAACCUGUUGAUGUAGUUGAAAAGCAAGUGGACUCCGAUCAGGUGAACACUGUACGUCACAAUUCCACUGGUGGAGCCUCAGCUGCUGAAGACGACGAAGACGAUAAUAGGCUAUACAUAGAUACAGGAGAAAACUCAUCAAUCGAAGAAGAAAUGCCCUCCUCUAAUGAAAAUGACAAAAACCAAGCGAUUCAAGACGACAGUGGCGAAAGUAAAGACUCAACUGAUAGCAGCCAUGGAAAAGCAGAUAACACAGAUGAUCCCAAGAAAAGAAGAUUUCGAUGCGAGAUAUGUGGGAAAGUGUAUGCAAAGAAUGAAUCAUUGAAGUAUCAUAAGAUGAAUCACGACAAUUACCGACCUCAUCAGUGUGAAACCUGUGGACGUGCAUUCGCAAAUCCCUACACACUUGACGUGCACCGUCGAAUACACCUAAAUGAAAGCGACAAACCUUACCGAUGCAAGUACUGCGACAAGACUUUCGCUACUAGCUCUCAUCGCAAUGUCCAUAUGACUCACCAUAAAGAAGUGAAGUCUUUUGAAUGCUCUAUUUGUCGGCGACGUUACUUGAACAAAGAAACGUUGGAUGCUCAUGUUCAACGGCAUGGUGAGCGUCGUUAUCCGUGUGAUACAUGUGGAAUGUCUUUUAAGGCACUCGCUGAGUUGACAGAGCAUCGUCUCAUUCACUCCCUUCCUAAGAAUUACCCUUGCGAGGUCUGCAGGUUUGAGUUUCAUCGGCGCAAUGAGUUGCUCCUGCAUAUGUCUAAAGCACACCCGAAUACUCGGCCGUUUGAAUGUGAAAACUGCGACAAAUCUUUCUCAACAGUUGAAAGUUUACGAGUCCAUCAAAGAUGUCACACUGGGGAACUACCUCAUAAGUGCCGAUUCUGUUCGAGGCAGUUUGUGCAUGGUAAGCACUGCGAAGUUCAUGAAUCAAGCCAUUUCAAAGAGAAGCACAAACCAAUGGAACUGAUGUUGGCUAACAAUGCAGGGGCUAUCUUCUACCAGUGUGAAAAGUGUGGGCAAGUUUUCACUGAAAUUUCUCAUCUUCAAACACACCAGAAGUUACACAAACUGCAGGAAAAAGAAGAGGCACUGGCAAACCAAGCAGGCAUUCCUCUGCCACAGAAUGAAAUUCGUCUCCCAAAAGAUCUUUCCUCUGGCUCGGCUAGUAUCCCGUUCUCUACAGGGACCCAUAAUUCUAUUAUCAUCCCCAGUUCAGUUCCUCUGAUGAAUGGGCCGCAGAUCUCUAACGUUGUGUCGCUACAGAAUAUAUCAUCUACGAUGACCAUGCCACAGAAUCUUGCUAUGAUAACGACAGCUGCUUUGCCGACGUCCAGUGCUGUGAUAACAUCAACGUCAAACAACAAUUUCACAAUUGAAAAUAGAAACAUUGUAACAACAGCACCCAUCAAUGCAAAUCAUGCAGUCCCUAUGAAUGUAAUGUCGCCGUCAACUCUUGUCCGCUCAGCUCCCGUUGGUGCCCCCGUUCUGGAAAAUAUGUCCCAUAAUGAAGAGAAGUCUAAACCAAUGAAUCUGACUCCACCGCAUCAGCCUCCACCACUGCAGCGACAGACACCCAUGACUACGACGACUCUCGUGCAGAGUAAUGAAAGUCAGGCAGUAAAGGAACCAAGACCAAGUCCCUCGGCAUCAGUCCAGCUCGCACACCUUGCAGGAACAACAACUGAAGAAAGAUUUGUUUAA